AUGGAGGCAACACUUCUACAAAACAAAUACAAUAACCACCCAGCGGUGGGUGCUAACUUGGCCGCGGUUGAGAAAAAAUUUGCAAAGGAGAAGUGGAACUCCUACCACAUCCACUACCUGCAAUUUGUCUACGAAUUUCUCCCGGGCUUGGUCAUCAAUCCAAUUCAGUGGGUCUUUGAUAAAGGAAAGGGUCGAAUCUGUAUUGAUUGCUCCAAUGGUCCUAAUUUGUUAGGUUCCGUCAAUCUUUACAUUCCAUCUCUGAAAGAUGCUAUUCCCGGUGAGGAGGAUGAAUGCCCUGCAUUGUACUACCAAUAUGCGUUUGAUCGCUUCUUGCGUCGAAUCCUCAGGAUGCGCAUCACUCGCCCAAAUGAUCCCAUUAUGGUCUAUGCUGAUGAUAUAGAAGCUGCGUUUCGAUGA